AUGAUCAAAUAUAUUAUUAGAGAUUCGCACGUAUCAUUGGGUUGGACUGGCGAAAAUGAUCAAAUUAUUUUUAGAGAUUCGCACGUAUCAGAAGGUUGGACUGCCGAAAAUGAUCAAACUUUUAUAAGAGAACCACACGUAUUGGAGGGUUGGACUGUCGAAAAUGAUCAAACUAUGUUUAGAGAUUCGCACCUAUUAGAAGGUUGGACUGCCGAAAAUGGUCAAACUAUUAUGAGAGCAUCGCACGUAUUGGAGGGUUGGACUGCCGAAAAUUAUCAAACUAUUAUUGAAGAUUCGCACGUAUCGGAGGGUUGGACUGUCGAAAAUGAUCAAACUAUUAUUAGAGAUUCUCUCGUAUCGGCUGGUUGGACUGUCGAAAAUGAUCAAACUAUGAUUAAUGAUUCGCACCUAAUGGAAGGUUGGACUGCCGAAUAUGGUCAAACUAUUAUAAGAGAAUCGCACGUAUUGGACGGUUGUACUGUCGAAAAUGAUCAAACUAUGAUUAGAGAUUCGCACGCAUCUGAGGGUUGGACUGCCGAAAAUGAUCAAACUAUGAUUAGAGAAUUGCACCUAUUGGAAGGUUGGACUGCCGAAAAUGAUUAA